CAGGAGGCGCGGGGCGUGGGGUGCGCGCCUCGCAGGGCUCUCCCUUCCGGCGGGGCCUCGCCGCCGCCGCCCGCGCGGGGAGCCGGGCGGUGUCUUCUUGCCGAAGGGAAAUGAAACCCGAUAUUAGAACCGGGGAAGCCCUUACCCUUCCCAGUCCUCCAGCCAGCUCAUGUGUCUUAGAUCGGAUGAAUUUACCAUUAAAAAGAUAGAUUGUCUUACAACUCAGUUCGUUUUAGGAUGACGGGUUACAUUUUAACUUGCAGGGUAUAUAACAGACGAUUAAACUUGAGUUACCAAAGGCAGCUGACUCCAGGCUGUCACCCUUGAUCAAGUGGCCACGGCUGGGGGGCGAGGCUUUAAGGGAAUGGGUCGGUUCCUAAUUCUGUAACGAGUGCCGUCUUCUGUUCUAGGUCCUUGACAAAGACCCAUCGCUGAUUGAAGCUCUAGUGCAGUGUGUUCAUGCCAAGAUUUUAUAAGCGACAUUUUCAAACUAUGUGAAGAUCCGUUUAAAGAAGAUUUAUUCUUCUGUGAUGGAGAAGUAUGAAAAAAUUGGGAAAAUUGGCGAAGGAUCCUAUGGAGUUGUUUUCAAAUGCAGAAACAGGGACACGGGUCAGAUUGUGGCCAUCAAGAGGUUUCUGGAAUCAGAAGAUGAUCCUGUCAUAAAGAAAAUCGCCCUUCGAGAAAUCUGCAUGCUCAAGCAACUCAAGCAUCCCAACCUCGUCAACCUUAUCGAAGUCUUCAGGAGGAAGCGGAAGCUUCACCUGGUGUUUGAAUACUGUGACCACACGGUGCUCCGCGAGCUGGACAAACACCACAGAGGGGUACCAGAACAUCUUGUGAAGAACAUAACUUGGCAGACAUUGCAAGCCGUAAAUUUUUGCCAUAAACACAAUUGCAUACACAGAGACGUAAAGCCAGAAAACAUCCUCGUCACAAAACAUUCUGUGAUUAAGCUUUGCGACUUUGGAUUCGCUCGGCUUUUAACUGGACCAAGUGACUACUACACAGACUAUGUGGCCACCAGGUGGUACCGCUCCCCAGAGCUGUUGGUGGGGGACAUGCAGUACGGCCCCCCAGUAGACGUUUGGGCAAUUGGCUGUGUCUUUGCUGAGCUGCUGUCAGGAGUGCCUCUGUGGCCCGGGAAAUCAGAUGUGGAUCAGCUCUAUCUGAUUAGGAAAACCUUGGGAGACCUCAUUCCUAGGCACCAUCAAGUAUUUAGCACAAAUCAGUACUUCAGUGGGGUAAAAAUUCCAGACCCUGAAUAUAUGGAACCACUUGAAUUAAAAUUUCCAAACAUCUCUUAUCCUGCCCUGGGGCUCUUAAAGGGCUGUCUCCACAUGAACCCUGCCGAGAGACUGACAUGUGAGCAGCUGUUGGGGCAUCCAUAUUUUGACAGCAUCAGAGAAAUAGGGGAUUUGGCAAAAGAGCAUGAGAAAUCAACAGGGAAGACCCUAAGACAGAGCCGAAAGCACCUGCCGCGGGUAAAGAUGGGGCACUGCUUUACAGAAGCAUCCAAGGUUGUAAUUUCAAAUGAGCUCAUACCUUCCACCUGGUGCAGAGAGUCUGAAUCUAUACUUGAGGUGGCAAUUGUGGCUUGCAGCUCCAGCACCUUUAUCCCUGCAUGAGGACACACAGGUCACAAGAUCUACCAACCAGGGUACCAAAGACAUCUGCCUGCUAAGGGCCCUUCUCCCAGAAACCUAAAGGUGACCUUGCCCAGCAGCUCCCUGCUGCCAGCCAGGGGCCAGGGCUUUUGGUGUGCAUGAGCACAGAUCCCAGCCAGGGACAAGAAGCGUGCUUCUUAUGCUUUGGAAAACGAAAUCAAAUUUAUCCCGGUUAGCUCUCUGUCAUCAUGUCUACCUUCAGUAUUGAUUGACCUUCCAGGUUUUCCUCCCUGAUCCGUUAAUCCUCAGAGUUGGCUAGUGUAAAUGUGGGGAGGAGUGCUUUCGGUGAGAGCAGCAGAACAGUGCAUUUAACCAGAUCACAGCAUCCAAGCUGCACACUGGGAGCCUGCGGAGAAUUGUGACUGGUGUAAAGUGGCAGAAUGGCCUUACAUUAAGUGUCUUGUCAUAAGCCAAAAGCCGUAAUAAUUUAGGAUGGACUGUAGUUGGAACCACAGUUAAGAUGAGCUGGCUGCUCCUAGUUGCUUCCGGAUCUGCUCAGGUACCCCUUAAGCUAUAGAUUAUCUUGUCUUAGUCUUUCCCUUUGCAGCCUCCUCUGCCCAGUAUGCUGAGUGGCACCUGGGUGGUGUUUGUGAGGUUUGGAGGAGAGAAGAGGGUGGACAGUCCAUUAUGAACAGGUACAGCAUGAAACUCAGGGCCCUAAAAGACCAGAGUCAUGAAAUUAAGAAUGCUUUGAAUGCAAAACAGACUGGAAAUAGACUUUCCCCUCAGAGUUACCCCUUAUCUUGCUGUUUCUUUGUGUUCAAGAAUCUUAGAACACUUGAAUUACAGGGGAUUUUAGAAAACCUCAUCCCUUCUUUUAAAGAAACUGGAAUUAAAACUUUAAAAAGUGGGACUUAGGGCUUCCC